UGCUCUCCUGAUGAUCACCCUUUGAUUAAUUAUCUCCUAAAGCACCAAAACUUUAACUACUAGAAACAAAAUUAUGGUUAUGGCUGCACAACAUCUGUAUAUAAGGAAACCAAGGCUAGCUAGUAUUUAGAGCAGAUGUCAGAAAGCUUGUGUGCAUGUACACUUGCAAAUAGAGAGAUAUACUUCUAGUACAGAUGGAGAAUCUCAAGGUUUUUGUGUUUACAUUCUUCGCAGUAUUGUUGUUGCUUGUGUUCGAUGUUAAUGGCCAGCUACCUCAACCUCAACGCCCCCUCUGCGUCUCUCAACUUGCUCUGGUGAACUAUGCUUGCGGAACUCUACUUCCAGCACCACCAGCUACCUCCCUGCCCUCCGCUACUGCUGCCUUACCUGCAGAUGACGACAACAACCACGGGCAUAGGCACGGGCAUGGCCACAGACACAGGAACGGGCAUCGGCUCGGAGGCCGCCACGGGCAUAACCACGGAGGAAGGCUAGAACAAAAUUGUUGUCGGUGGCUGAGUGAUGUGGAUCCUGAAUGUGUGUGUGAAUUGCUGGUUCGCUUGCCACCCUUCCUUUCAAAGCCUCAUCAUGAAUACACCGUCAAGAUUAAUGACUCUUGCAGUGUUUCUUACUCUUGUUAAGUACUGACUGGUUGUUGCCAUAUACAAUAUUUCUGGUGGAUUUUGUCAGAGAUUUGGUGACAGAUAUAUAUGGUUUCUCAUCAUAUAUACACUGCUAAUCAAUCAUGAUCUUCGAUCAUGAACCUCUAAUUAGUUAUGGCAAUAUUUAUGAUCUAAGAUAUUUAUGUGUUUUCUUUCAUUGCUAGUUUCAAGCUCUCGUACUUGCAUGUAUCUUAUAAUAAUUUCUCUUAAAAAUAAAGCGUAAUCAUGUUCUUAUAA